AGAGUGUGAUUGGUGGAUUGAGACGAGAGAGAAGCCGCCGGCCAGCAGCGGAGAGGCAAAAUUCAGACAAGGACAAGAUGACCAGUCAUUCAGUGACCAUCCCCAUGGUCUGCUUCACUAUCUUCUGGGGGCUCGUGGGCUUUGCUCUGCCUUGGUUUGUCCCGAAGGGUCCCAACAGAGGCGUAAUAAUAACCAUGAUCGUGACCACAGCUGUUUGUUGCUACUUGUUCUGGCUCAUCGCCAUCCUGGCUCAGAUGAAUCCGCUGUUUGGCCCUCAGCUCAAGAACGAAACUAUCUGGUAUCUCCGCUACUUCUGGGAAUAAGAGAGAAUUGCAUUGGACCCGUCAAUGAUGCUGAUUGACCACCUGAACGUUUCCAGGCUAUCCCGUUGUCUCUUCAUUCCCCACAAACAUCACACCUAGUAAGACGUUUUGUCACAAGAGAUUGUUUUUUUUUUAACUCUUCCAUAGAAGUAAACUUCUGGCUUUCGUUUCUGACCAAGGUCCAGCGCACCAAGUGAUAAUUGCUGCCUCACCAAAUCCAAGGAGCCCCCCCCCCCCGCCCAGGGACAAUCACAAAGAUUUUGUGAAUUUUGGUUUGAGGAGAUUGUAAUUCAACUGUGUGCCAUCCUCAGAUACAGUUUGCUGUUGUUUCUUUUACCUUGUAAUUGAAAUACCUCCCAGGAACCUGCUCCCAUUCAGAGGUCUCAAUUUCAUUUUUUAGCAGAUUAAGGAAAUUUCUGGCCAUUGUGGAGUGUAGCUAUACUGUGAUGCUAUAUUUAAGUUUUGCUGUGAUAAAUCGUGUAACAAUGUUUUGAUCUGUAAGGGAGUAUUUAUUUUGUUGAGCAGUAUAUUUCUGAGUAUAUUAAAAGUAAGAAUUGA